AUGGGUCGCAUCAUGAAUGGCUCCUUCAGCGACCCCAAGGAAAUCGUGCGGAAGGCAUUCGACCAACUCGAACCUGGCGGCUACCUGGAGAUCCAGGACAUGGCCUGCCCGCUCGGCUGCGACGACGGCACGCUCAAAAAGGACUCGGAUCUGUGGCUUUGGGUCACGACACUGAUGAAAGCCAUGGAGAUCGCCCAGCGUCCUCUGACUUUUGCACAGCAGUGGAAGACCUUCCUGGAGGAGGUCGGGUUCGAGGACGUCGUCGAGAUCGUGCACAAAUGGCCCAUCAACACCUGGGCGCGUGAUCCCAAGUACAAAACGCUCGGUAGGUGGUCGCUGCUCAACACGGACCAGGUCAUUGAGCCGGCCAUUCUCGCGCCGGCAACAAGAUUCCUCGGUUGGAGCCAUGAAGACGCCAUGGCGCUCGCGACCAACGCGAGAAAGGCGAUCAAGGACCCCCGGGUGCACUCGUAUUGGCCCAUGCACUUUGUGUAUGGCCGGAAACCGGGCGGGAAGGCGGCAGCGAGUGCUUGA